GCAGCUGGUGCUGUAGGUGUUGUUUACAUCUCACUGGUCAUACUCUUGAGUGUGCAGCAUGAAUUCCCCUUUAAAUUCCUCUCUUAGUGCCAUUUGAGCGCAGAAAUGGAACCUGACAGUGACAAGUUCUGGUACGUGCACAGCUGUGACUUAGAUGUCGGCAUUCAGGUGAAAAUUGGCACCUUGGAUGGGAAGAGGGAGAAGCCUAACUACGAGGCUCUCUUGAAAAAUCCAUUGCUCAAGUACUCUGGGCUCUACCAGCCCGGCUGCUCUGAUCUUUAUGUUUCUUGUCAGGUGUAUUCUGACGACCGAGAACUCACCCUCCCUGUGCGUACCUCAUACAAGCCUUUCUCCGCCCGCUGGAACUGGAAUGAGUGGUUGACCUUACCACUAAGGUUUAGUGAUUUGCCUCGAAAUGCGGUUCUGGCACUCACCAUUUAUGACACCUAUGGCCCUCGAAGAAAUGAACCCAUCGGCGGCACUACCAUAUCUUUUUUCGGGAAACAUGGGGUAUUUCGGCAGGGCAUUCACGACUUGCGCGUGUGGCCAAAUCGCAUUGCUGACCACAUUCUGACCCCAGGGAAAGGGCAAGACCAUGGUAAGGAUCAGAUGCAACGCCUUGCAAAGCUUGCCAAGAAGCACCGUAACGGGCAAAUGAUGAAGGUAGAUUGGCUAGACCGUCUUACUUUCCGUGAGAUUGAAUUAAUUAAUGAGCAGGAGAAGCGCUCCUCCAACUCAAUGUACUUGAUAGUAGAAUUUCCACGAGUGGAGCACGAGGGGGUCAUCUACUCUAUAGUGUGGUGGGAGCGUGGCGGAGACAUAGAGUAUGAGCAUCGCACAUUUGGAAAUAUGGUUCGAAUCCCAGAUCCCGAGAUUGAACUGGAGAACCUUCAGGAAGCCAAGCAUCACAGAUUGGCACGAUCUUUACGAUCUGGUGUAACUGACAGAGAUUUGAAGCCAAAUGCAACUAUCCGGGACAACCUCCACACAAUCAUGGAAUAUCCACCUACGAAACAGCUGACUAGCGAUGAACAAGACAUGGUGUGGAAAUAUCGUUUCUACUUGAGUACUCAGAAGAAAGUAUUGACAAAGUUCCUCAAAUGUGUCAAUUGGAAACUCUCAGGGGAAGCAAAACAAGCCAUUGAGUUGCUGGGUCGCUGGGUUCCACCAGAUGCAGAUGAUGCAUUAGAGUUACUAGGUCCAGGCUUUACUCAUCCUGAUGUUCGUCGCUAUGCUGUUGAGCGUCUGAGUAUAGCAUCUGACGAAGAUCUUUUACUGUAUCUACUGCAGCUUGUCCAGGCACUUAAAUAUGAGGCAUUAGAUAAUGUUGACAUGAGCCUAUGUGAUGUCUCACAUUAUUCAUCAGCAAAUGAUACAAGUGCUGACACAUGUCAUACUGAAGAAAGGUCUCCUGAUGAUUCUAUGCAGGUGAAGCUGUGUGAAUCUACAGGCUCCACAGGGGGUGACCUUACACAGUCUAUCUCAUCAUCUCUAGAAGAGAGUGAAGCAGCAACCAUCCAGAGAUCACCAUCUUCCUCUCUCUUGGCAGAGCCAGAUAGUUCAGAUCCUUCAGCUACAGCUCCUGAUUCUAGUGUGCUUCCAGAAUUAGCAGAAAUGGAUGCAGAGCUGGAUCUUGCAUCUUUUCUAAUUCACCGUGCAACAAGAAACCCAACACUGGCUAAUUACCUUUACUGGUACCUGCUGGUAGAGUGUGAGGACCAGGAAGCAGGGCUCAAACAUGAUGCAAAGGUUCGUGAAAUGUAUAUGUGGGUGUUGCAGCGCUUCAAGUUGGCUCUACAGCAAGGUAGCAGAGAAGCACGAGCAUCUCGAUGCAUGCUUACAAGACAGCACCACUUCAUAGAUCAACUUGUAGCGCUUGUAAAGACAGUAGCACGUGAAAGUGGUAAUCGUAUGCGUAAAAUAGAAAAGCUGCAGACCUUGUUAGCUGAUUCUGAAAAUUUUAAAAUUAACUUUGCUAAUUUUGAUCAUUUAGCACUUCCCUUGGACUGUGAGGUAAUAGUUACUGGAAUUGUGCCAGAACGAGCUACACUUUUCAAAUCCGCAUUGGAGCCAUUUCGUCUUACUUUCAAUACAGUAUCAGGAGGGGAAUACAUUGCUAUUUUCAAGCAUGGUGAUGACUUACGUCAAGAUCAACUUAUUAUUCAGAUAAUAACACUGAUGGAUAGACUUUUGCGACGAGAAAACUUGGACCUAAGACUUACCCCAUACAAAGUUUUAGCUACAAGCAGUAAGCACGGUUUUGUCCAGUUCAUUGAGUCCUAUGCUGUUGCAGAUGUAAGUACAGUAUUUUUAUUAAAUAUAUUUAUAUUCCUUUUAAACUGGGUAUCUUGAUGCUGGUGAAGGGCU